AUGCUUUCUCGCCCCUGGAUGUGGGCUCUCUAUCUCAGCCAUGCUAUUCUCGCUUCCGCUGCUGUUCAUGGCCAGGAGGACACACCGGAUUCUGAAAAGUCCAAAGGAGUAAUCCCUAGUUUCCCGCUAGACCUACCCCCAAACCCAAUGCCUGCACCAGGAUUCAGUGGGCGGAACAAGUCUCCCGAUUCGGCAUUAAGAAAACGUGCUGCUGCUGCUGCUACUGAGAGGUGCGGAGCUGAUUUUCAAUCCUGUGAUGAUAGUUACUGCUGUUCACCAUCAGGCUAUUGCGGUACAGCUAAAUUCUACUGCCAAGCUCCAGAUUGCCAGAUUAACUACAGCAACGGCUGCGAUGCAUUGAAAACCCCUGGAGGUGACACUACGGCAGGAGUCGCGCGUGACCAAAUUGGAGAAGUCCCAUAUGCGUACAAUCCGAUAUACCGUUGCAUCGUCCCCAACAUGGUCGCUUUGACGUACGAUGAUGGCCCAAAUAUCUACACCAGCGAUCUCCUUGACAUCCUCGAUUCGUACGGUGCCAAGGCCACUUUUUUCGUAACAGGUAUCAACUCCAACAAGGGCCCGAUAGAUGAUCCCAAUCUGCCGUGGAAGAACCUGAUACAACGAAUGUUUGAAGGUAAUCACCAAAUUGCUAGUCACACAUGGGGUCAUCAAGAUCUUGAAUCUCUUUCAGCGGAGCAACGUCGUGACCAAAUGAUCAUGAAUGAAAUGGCUCUUCGCAAUAUCUUUGGUGGAUUCCCAACUUACAUGAGACCCCCAUACUCGAAAUGCUCGGACGAGUCAGGCUGCGUUCAAUCCAUGAAUGACCUAGGCUACCAUAUUACCUAUUUCGAUGUAGAUACGGAUGAUUACAACAAUGCCCCUCCAGGCCUCAUACAACGCUCCAAGGAUAUUUUCAAUAAUGCAAUGAAUGCGGCUGAACCAUCUAGAAGACCCUUGUUGGUUAUUGCACAUGAUGUACACCAACAAACUGUGUACAGCCUUACUCCUUACAUGCUGGAGAGACUAUAUGCGGCAGGUUAUCGGGCAGUCACGCUGGGAGAGUGUCUCGGGGACAGUCCGGAGAACUGGUAUCGCUGGGCCCAUCCGUUUAGCAUUCCAGGUCGCUGGUGGUCAAACACGUCGCGAAGGACAAAUCCCUCCAACGAAACUGCUUUCAUUCGAUGA